AUGCAAGCACAGGCCAUGCGGGUGCCGGCAUGCGGGUGGCCUCACGCUCUGCGCGCCCAGGCGAGCGCGACAGAGCCGUUGCACCUGGCACCGGCGAAGGGACGACAGCCGGCGCUGCCCUGGACCGCGCUGAGGGUGGGCGCCGGCGUCGCGCUCGCGCUGGCCCUGGGCGGCGCCUCGUGGUCAGCGCGCGGCGGCGGCGGCGGCGCCGUCCUCGUGCAGCCUGCCAUGGUGUACACGCUCAACGCCGUCACGGACGGAACGGAGCGGGGCGGCACCCCGGCGGCGGCGGUGAGGACGAGCGUGGGCGCGCUCUCGGACUCGCUGUUCCGGCGCGAGGACGCGCCCAGGGAGCACGCCACGCUCAUGGACCUCGUCUUCGAGCAAGUCACCAAGGAGCACAUCGGCGACAGGGGGAAGCUGACGAGCCUGCUGCAGAAGGAGUGGGCGGCGUCGCGCGACUCGGAGAGAAAGCUCGACCUCGGCUUGCUGCUCGCCGAUGUGCUCAUCAAUCAGAGAGAAUGGCAGAGGGCCAAGGAAGUCUGCCAGCAGCUGACUGGCCGCUACCAACGCGACCCGAGGCCAUAUUUACAUCUGGCUGUGGUGAACAUGAUGAUGGCGGUGGAGACCAUGCUAUCCCCGGAGACGGCCACCGCCGACGACAUUGAGAAGAUGUCCAAGAAUGCCAUGGACGCCUGGAAAGAAUUCAAGAACAAGUACGAGCUGGCCAAGGGAACAACGGAGUCCAGCACCUGACCACCUGAUGCGUGCACUACUGACAUUUCUUCUGAAGAAUCUUUGUGUCUUG